AUUGCCGUUUUUUCCUGUUUGAAUAUUUUGAAAAUGUACCUGGGCAAAUCGAGUUGCGUUUUGUUACUGGUAGGGAUAGUACUGUUACAUCGGCAAACUCAUGGGGCCGUUAUCCCUAGUGAUAUGAAUGAUGAUACAAGUGAUCAUACAGAAGAAGUAUUAAAUCAACAUCUCCAACAAGGAGAUCUGGCCGAAGAAUGGAGCGGUCAGUUUGAAGGGGAUAUAGUACUGAGUGAUCUGCAGGAGAACGAAUUCCGAAAGCGUUCUGGAGUUCAACUGACAAGCCUGGUGUGGCCCAACGGGAUCGUACAUUACGAGAUCGUGGAACAAGAUUUCACUGCAGCACAAAUUUUGGCCAUCACCAAUGGAAUGAUGGACAUUCAGCGAGUGAGUUGUGUUCGGUUCCAGCCUAGAACACCGACCACCACAGAUUUUAUCCGGAUUACGGGAAGUAGCAGUGGCUGUUUCUCCUUCGUUGGACGUCAGACCGGUGCCCAGCAGUUGAAUCUACAGCCGGCUAAUCCGGGAACGGGAUGCUUCCGCCAUGGAACCAUCCUGCACGAGCUGAUUCACGCGCUGGGAUUCUUCCAUAUGCAGAGCUCGACCAAUCGGGAUCAGUACGUGACGAUACGGUGGGACAACGUGAGUCCUGGAGCGGAAAGAAAUUUUGCCGUUUACGGUGCGGAUGUGGUCACAAACUUCGGUACCCAGUACGAUUACGGUAGCCUGAUGCACUACAGUGCCACUGCAUUCAGUUCCAAUGGGCAGAGAACGAUUGAACCGAGAGAUCCUGCGGCCGCGAUCGGGCAGCGCGUUUGGUUUAGCGAAGACGACAUCUGGAGAAUUUGGGCCAUGUAUGGGUGUACGUCGUUGUGAUUUUCGUUCAAUAAAAUUUCGUUGU